GCAUCUGUACUCUGAAAUGCAGUAAUUUGUAUGUGAAUGCAUCUUCCUUCUUGCAGGAGAGGAUUCUAAUAACUCAGUGUCAAAGCCAAGAUACAGACUCAACCGCUUCUCUUCUAAAAGCUUCUCCUUACAACAUGGAAGCCAUCGCCAAGUUUGAUUUCACCGCCUCAGGCGAGGAUGAGCUGAGCUUUCACACUGGAGAUACUCUGAAGAUCUUAAGUAACCAAGAGGAGUGGUUCAAGGCAGAGCUUGGGAGCCAAGAAGGAUACGUGCCCAAGAAUUUUAUAGACAUCCAGUUUCCUGAAUGGUUUCACGAAGGCCUCUCGCGACACCAGGCAGAGAACUUACUCAUGGCCAAGGAGGUUGGUUUCUUCAUCAUCCGGGCCAGCCAGAGCUCCCCAGGGGACUUCUCCAUAUCUGUCAGGCACGAGGAUGAUGUUCAACAUUUCAAGGUCAUGAGAGACAGCAAGGGUAACUACUUCCUAUGGACAGAGAAGUUUCCAUCCCUCAACAAGCUGGUGGACUACUACAGGACAACUUCUAUCUCCAAACAGAAGCAGAUCUUCCUGAGGGAUAGGACGCGAGAGGACCAGGGUCGCCGGGGCAACAGCCUGGACCGAUGGCCCCAGGGAGGCCCACAUAUCAGUGGGGCUGUGGGAGAAGAAACCCGGCCUGCGAUGAACCGGAAGCUGUCGGAUCACCCACCGCCCCCUCCAUCACAGUAUCCCCCGGCCCCACCACCGGCACAGCAGCGGUACCUGCAGCAUCACCACUUUCACCAGGAGCGCCGUGGAGGCAGCCUUGACAUAAACGACGGACACUGUGGCCUGGGCAUGGGCAUGGGCAGCGAAAUGAAUGCCACCCUCAUGCACCGGAGACACACAGACCCAGUGCAACUCCAGGUGGCCGGGCGAGUGCGGUGGGCCCAGGCGCUGUACGACUUUGAGGCCCUGGAGGAUGACGAGCUGGGAUUCCGCUCCGGAGAGGUGGUCGAGGUCCUGGACAGCUCCAACCCGUCCUGGUGGACGGGCCGCCUGCACAACAAGCUGGGCCUCUUCCCUGCCAACUACGUGGCGCCCAUGAUCCGGUGAAGCUCUUCUCCGGGGUCGGAGGCUUGUGUCUGAGC